CUCGACCUCACGGAGCACGCGCGCUUCGCCGCAUUCGGACUGGAGGAUCCGCGCGCCCUACGGCACUCUGAUUGGUGGAGCCGUUCAGGCUCUGGGUCUGGGGCUCGGUGUUCCUUCAGCUCUGCACGCGCCAGGCUGUGGGUCAGGGCCGACGUAGCACGGUAUCUAGGCGUCCGGACUCAGCUGUAGCUGGACGCUCCAGUCCGGGGGUGUGGGGGGGGGCAGCUCCCGUGGCUCCCGGUUCCGCCGUACCCCUCUCCACGACCUGGGUCGGGCAUGUUUUCCAGGGCCCAGGUGAAGCGGGUCCUGCAGCGGGUGCCCGGGAAGGAUCGAUUCGGCGUCUACAGGUUCUUGCCUUUUUUUUUUGUCCUGGGAGGAACGAUGGAGUGGAUCAUGAUUAAACUGCGUGUGGGCCAGGAGACCUUCUAUGAUGUCUACCGUAGAAAAGCCUCAGAACGACAGUAUCAGAGGAGGAUGGAAAAUGCAUCGGAGACUGAACUUCAGCCGUCAAUAAAGUGAAUAUGAAAUUUCA